CGGCCAACGGAGAGAAGAUGAUAAUCGUGAGCAGCGUGCUGCUGAUCCUGGCGGUCGUGUCGAGAGUGGGAUGCCAACGGAACACUCCGAGAAGCGCGAGAGCCAGCAGAAAUGAGGCGGUCCUGGAAUUCGAGUGCCCCGAAGAAUUUGGAUACUACGCUCAUCCGCGUGACUGCACGCAGUAUUAUGUGUGCGUUUUCGGCGGUGCCCUGCUGGAGUCCUGCACGGGAGGCCUUAUGUACAGCCACGACUUGCAGACGUGCGACUGGCCGCGAAACGUAGGCUGCCCGGAAGGUUCGCACCACAAGGAGGCCGAGGAUGAGGAUCCCCUGCUGGAGAGAUCCGCGAAACUCGAGUCGCUGCAGGAACAGCAGCAGCAGCAACGGCAGCAACAGCAGUUUCGAGAUCAGCAGCAACAGCAGCAGCAACAACGACCGAUCCAGAGGCAGCCGAUCACGGUUACAACUGCGUCGCCGCCGGUCUCGCAGAUUACCGAGAGGCAACUGAGGCAACGCCAGCACUCGAGGACGAAUUACCAUGACGACGAAUACGGUCCCGCCUCGGAGAUCGAAAACGAUCGGCAGCAACGGGUGUACCGGGGACAACCUUCGACGAUCGGCCAAGUGCAGCGAGACCGCGACGGUCUGCGACGGAAUAUAAUAUCGGAGCGGGAGAAGGAUAGCCUGGUAAGCGCACGCGCCCAAGCCGAGUCUCAUUACAGAACGCCUGUUCCAACGACUGAGUCGCCGAGGCUUGCUAAAACACUGGCCUCGACCGUGGCACCGGUAUUGUCCAAGGCUUACUACAGUGAUCCAGAUCAGAGCUAUCCGUACUACACGAUUUAUGACGAUGACGUUUCUAUUUAUAAAGACGACGAUUACAAUCAAUAUACCAUCAAUCAGUCGGUGCCGGUGCAGCAGCCAAACGUGAAAAUUAGCGAAGUGAACACGAAGCAGUACCAGAAGCCGAAGAAGGUUGCCGUGAACGAGGCGGACAAGUACAAUUUGAAUCACGACUACGAUAUCUACGAGAAUCAGGCUCAGCUGAACAAGAACAAGUUCCGCAUUUCUGACGGUCAACAGUUCAGGACGAACGUGCUUAGCCAUCCCGUGGUCCACGUGACGACGCCGAAUGUCAUCGUGGACACCUUCAUACCGCUGACCACGAGCACGCAGACUCCCAGCACGACCAGCAGACCAUACACCGUCAAUGCACCGAGCCGAGGUCGGCCGCAGCAGAUCCACCGGGGCACUGCACCGCCACGAUCUCGACCCACCUUGAAGCCGUCCACCGAGAUAGUUUCCAAGGCGCAGGAGUUCAUUGACAUCUACAGGUAUCCUCCGGUGCGACCGGCGCCGAUCUAUCCGACGCCGCAGGUAGACAAACCGGCGGCGAAGUGUCGCAGGGAUGUCUGUUUGCUUCCGGACUGCAGCUGCGGCGGUGCCGAUAUACCAGGUGACUACCUACCGGAGGAAAUACCGCAAAUCGUCCUCCUCACCUUCGACGAUUCCGUGAACGACUUGAACAAGGGUCUCUACGCCGACCUGUUCGAGAAGGGACGGAAGAAUCCCAACGGAUGUCCCAUCUCGGCCACCUUCUACGUGUCCCACGAAUGGACCGACUACAGCCAGGUUCAAAAUCUUUAUGCCUCGGGUCACGAGAUUGCCUCCCACACGGUCUCGCACAGUUUCGGCGAACAAUUUUCGGCGCGAAAGUGGGCGCGAGAGGUUGCUGGGCAGCGCGAAAUUCUGGCUGCAUACGGAGGCGUCAAGCUGGAGGAUGUCAGAGGAAUGAGAGCACCCUUCUUAUCGGUCGGAGGGAACAAUAUGUUCAAAAUGCUCUGGGACACAAACUUCACGUACGACUCCUCCAUGCCCAUCUAUGAGAACCGACCACCCAGUUGGCCGUAUACGCUGGAUUACAAGCUCUUCCACGACUGCAUGAUACCGCCCUGUCCCACGAGAUCCUAUCCAGGAUUGUGGGAAGUUCCUAUGGUAAUGUGGCAAGAUCUCAAUGGAGGUAGAUGCUCCAUGGGAGACGCCUGCAGUAACCCACCGACUCCGGACGGCGUAUACAAGAUGCUCAUUAAGAACUUCGAGAGGCAUUACACGACUAAUAGAUCGCCUUUCGGUCUGUUCUAUCAUGCCGCAUGGUUCACUCAGCCGCAUCAUAAAGAGGGCUUCUUAUCAUUUCUCGACACCAUCGUCGCGAUGGACGAUGUAUGGAUAAUUACGAAUUGGCAGGCUAUACAAUGGAUCAGAAAUCCAACGCCCCUGGCGCUUCUGCACACGUUCGAACCCUUUGGAUGCCAUUAUCCGGACCGACCCAAGAGAUGCAAUAACGCGAAGGUCUGCAAUCUUUGGCACAAGAGUGGAGUGAGAUACAUGAAGACCUGCCAAGCGUGCCCGGACAUUUAUCCUUGGACAGGCAAGACCGGUAUACGUAGCAGUCGCAUCGACAACGAAGUCGACGCCCACGAAUGAGUUACACGGAGAGGAAGCUUCAAACUUCGUUGCGACCGGACGGAGUCCCGUCGAACGAGCAGCGGACCCGGACAACGCGAAUAUCUAAAAGAG